AUGCUAUUUGCCAUCAAUGAGAUCAACAGGAACUCCCAUAUUUUACCAAACACCUCUCUGGGACUUGAGAUUUAUAAUCUGCCAUUUUAUGAAAGGGAUGUUUUGAGGAUUGUAUUAUAUUGUCUCACAGGCUUGAAUACCUCUAUCCCUAAUUACAGCUGUAGAAAAGAGAGCAAAUCAGCUGGUGUGCUUACAGGAAUAACAUGGAAAACAUCUGAAAAUAUUGGGAGAGUGCUGAAUCUUUACAAAUUUCCACAGCUUACAUUUGGGGCCUUUGAUGAUCUUCUUACUGAUAGAAGCCAGUUUCCAUAUCUGUACCAGGUGGCCCCCAAAGAAUCAUCACUAUUGUGUGGUAUUGCCUCAUUGAUGCUUCAUUUCAACUGGACCUGGGUGGGACUGUUAAUCACAGAUGACCACAGAGGUGUUCAGUUUCUAUCAGACUUGAGAAAGGAGCUGGACAAGAAUAAAGUCUGCUUAGCUUUUGUGUAUACAGUAUCAUUUAUAGGGGAAUCAGUAUAUUAUGUGUCAAGUGAUCUUAAGAUGUAUAUUCUUGAGUCAUCAGCAAAUGUGAUCAUAAUUUAUCCAGACAUUCCUUUGAUAUUAUCUCAAAUGGGAAAUGGGUAUAGUAAGGAUCUACUGAGAAGAGUUUGGGUCAUGAACUCAAAAAGGAUUGGUCUGAAAUUUAUAGAAUAUAAUAUGUUAGAUUCAUCCCAUGGGACUCUCACUUUUUCACCACAUCAUGGGGAGAUUCUUGGUUUCACAAAUUUUAUGCAGGAAGCUACCCCUAUCAAGUACCCAGAAGACACUGUUCUUCAUGUUUUGUGGAAUAGGUACUUCAACUGCUCACUUUUGCAUUCUGAUUGUAAAAUUAUGGAAAGCUGCAUGCCCAAUGCCUCUUUGGAAAUGUUGCCAGGGAACAUGUUUGAAAUGGUCAUGACUGAAGAGAGUUACAAUGUGUACAAUGCUAUGUAUGCAGUAGCCCACAGUGUCCAUGAGAUGAUUAUCAAUGAAUUCCAAAUUCAACUCCAAGAAAACAAAGAUAGGAAUACAUUAUUGCCCUGGCAGCUUCACCCUUUUCUAAGGGUCAUUCAAGUGAAAAAUUCUGCUGGUGACAUUGUGGUUCUGGACUGGAAAAGGAAGACAGAUCCGGGGUAUGAUAUUACUAGCCUUUGGAAUUUCCCAACAGGUCUUUCACUAUUUGUGAAUGUGGGUACAUUUUCUCCAAGGUCUCCCCAGGGACAACAACUGUCAUUAUCUGAAUAUAUGAUUCAAUGGCCCAUAGUAUUUACAAAGCCCCCUCGGUCUAUAUGCAGUGAGAGCUGCACUCCUGGAUUUAGGAAAGUCAUCCUGGAGGGAAAGCUUGCCUGUUGCUUUGACUGCAUUCCUUGCCAAGAAAAUGAGAUUUCCAAUGAGACAG